AAGCAAGUAGCCGAGAAAACCAGCCACGGAGACCAUCAUAUCAUCCAACCAAGUUAUUUUAUUUGUAUUUCCAUUUCUUUCAUCCUUUGAUGGGAAAAUUAAUUUUGGUGUCUUCUUCCUCCUAAUGUUCAACUCAAAACACAUUCAAAAGGAGUAGACUUGUCUUCCCGAUUUAUCUGCUUCUCCUCCGCUGAGCUCAGUCGAAAAGAUUACUGUGUUCCUCAGAGAUGUCAUUUUGCGUGGGAAGUUUCUGCUCAUCCACGGAUCUGCUUUUGUACUGAUAUGGCAUUCCUCGAAGUCUCACGUUGCUGGUUUGCUUAACCUUGAUGGAAAGGAAUCUGGGCAAGGCUGUGAUGGAUCAAAAGAACUACGAGCAAGCUCGAUAUAGUAAUGCCGAGACUAGAAAUGAGGGACCUAGUUCCACCAGCCAAAGGUUUUUGCACGACCCAUCGACCAACAUUAACACUAACUUGCGCCCUCCUGAUUAUAAUGUGUCAAUAAGAGCCAGACCUGUACUGAAUUACUCCAUCCAGACGGGUGAGGAGUUUGCCCUGGAAUUUAUGCGGGAGAGGGUGAAUCCCCAGCAGCACUUCCUUCCAAAUUCAAAUGGAGAUCCUAGUGGCGGAUCUGGCUACAUGGAUUUGAAGGGUAUGCUUGGAAUGUCUAAUGCGGGGUCAGAAAUUGGGUCAGAUAUCGCAAUGAUCAACAGUGUGGAAAAAGGGCGAACCCAGGACUUCGAAAGGAAGGUUGUUCCCCCACAGGAGCACGAUUCCGUGCGAUCAGUGCCAAGAACCUCAUCAAGAAAUGACACUAGGCGAGAAAAUCAGGGUUAUACUUCGUCAAGGCCAUCAGAUAGUUCAUCUGUUAAGGUGAAGUUUCUCUGCAGCUUCGGUGGUACCAUCUUGCCCCGUCCAAGUGAUGGAAAGCUUAGAUAUGUUGGAGGUGAAACACGCAUAAUACGGAUAAGCAAGGAUAUUUCUUGGCAAGAGCUAGUGCGGAAGACUUUGGCCAUUUGCAACCAACCUCACACGAUAAAGUACCAGCUUCCAGGUGAAGAUCUUGAUGCACUGGUUUCAGUGUCAUGUGAUGAGGAUCUUCAGAACAUGAUGGAGGAAUGUAGUGUACUAGAUGACGGAGGUUCACAGAAACCCAGGAUGUUUAUAUUUUCCAGCAAUGACCUGGAGGAUGGAACAUGUGGACUGGGAAGUGUGGACUGUGAUUCUGAGAUACAAUAUGUUGUUGCUGUGAACGGUAUGGAUUUUGGUUCAAGGAAAAGCUCCAUCAAUUUAGCGAGUGCAUCUGGAAACAACUUGGAUGAGUUGCUUAGUCUCAAUAUUGAAAGGGAGAAUAGUCGAGUUGCAGCCGAAACAUCCAUUGCUACCAUAUUGCCUUUGGCAGUUACACAGACUCCUUCGACUAUUCAAUCUUCUCAACCGGGGACUUUAACUUCAUCCAUCCCUUCUUCACAACCUUAUCAGGGACUUAAUACGCAUCAUUUGGAUGCCGGCCAGUACCCAAUAAAUUCAACUCGACCUGCGGGGAGCUUGCAACAACUGGAUGGAAAGGGUUCUAACACCUCUAAUGCAAAGAAAUAUGCUAUUGUUACCGACCCUUCUGGCUAUGGAACAUCUGGAGAGACUUUGAUGCCUGCGCCUCUCCUUGGGCAUCCUUCUCAAAAAGGUGGUUUGGCUGAGGAGACGAUACAGGGUGGCGCUCGUGUGCAAAAUGCAGAAGCAUCUAUCAAGGAUAGCAAACUGAGAAGAGAUAGCUCUAGCCAGAAGAUACACGAGUUAGAUAAAAUACAAAAUAUGGAUAAAGAUGCACAAAAGGAGCUGAAGAUGAAACGUGAUGGCUCACUCCAUAAGGUAAAUGAAGCUGUGUCUAUACCAAAUAAUGUUCAGAAAGAGGAAGCUGCAGUCUCCAAUCCUACAACAGAUGUAGGUUUGCUUGUCUUACCUACAAAAAGUAAUUCAAGACCUCAGGAAGGUGUACUAAAUCCUAAGAAUUUGGUUGAAGGAAAGAAGAAUGCAGGGGAUGAUCGAUUUUCAUCUGGUGGUUCCUUUGCCCCUCAGUCUGAGGCUGAUCUGACAGACUUUAGCUACCCUGAACAGCCUGUGGUUCCUCAACCAGUCUUUCACUCAGAGCGAUUUCCCAGAGAGCAGGCAGAAUUACAUCGCCUGUCAAAAUCUGAAGAUUCAUUUGAUCCACAGGUUCUAAUGAAUCAGGCACGUUCUGGUGUUUCUCAACUAGUCAAUGAAUCAAUUGAUAAGUUACAUGAUUCACCAGCAAAUCUCCUGACUGAACAGUCCCUCCCAUCUGCAAAAGGGCAUCACGUACAUCCUCAGACCAUUGAGGAUGGAUUGGCUCGGUUUGAGAAGUACAAGGAAUUGGCUGAUAAUAUGAGUAAACCCAGUUCUCAUGUUCCCCAAGUGAAGGAGUCAAAGUUGCAGAAGUCUGACUCUAGGCAUGUGUUGUUUAAUAGCACUGACAAUUCAGAAACUGCACAGACGAAAGCCAAAAAGGAAGGUUCGGGAUUGAUGCAUUCAGCCGCUAGUGAGAUUCCAGGACCUUCCAGCAAGCACCUGGAGAGUUCUGCUAUAAGGUCAUCAGAAUUUGAUCAGUCUGAGAUAGCCAGCAAUAAGAAUAUUGGCAGCAGUGCCAAGGGACACAUGCAGCUGCCCAAACAACAGAUAGAGAACCCAGGGGGAGCUGUUUCUAUUGUGAAGUCUGCUAUCAUUGGUACUCCUGAGCAGAUAACUAUUGAUAUCAAUGAGCGUUUUUCUCGUGAUUUUUUAUCUGAUAUAUUUUCACAAGCCAAGAUCCAUGAAAACAGCUCUACCAUUGGCCCAAUGCAUGUUGAUGGAGCUGGGUUGAGUUUGAACAUGGAGAAUCUUGACCCAAAACGAUGGUCAUACUUUCGCAACUUGGCGCAGAAUCAAUUUGUGAGGAAGGAUGUAUCGCUUAUGGAUCAAGAUCAUCCUGGUUUUCCCCCCUCUAUGACAACUGUUGAAGGGAGCACGCCUCUUGAUUACAGCUAUCCACCUUUUAAAUCUGAUGGCAUUUCCGUGUCGAAAACGGACUCGCCCAUUAACUUUGAUGAAGACAUCCAACAACAGAGAUCCGGUGUGGCUGGGACUCAAACACUGGACUAUAGCCAUUCUCAGUUGAAAGCCCAGGAGAGCGUACAGUUGGAUGGAAUCAACUCGAGGAUUCCAGAAUCUGCAUAUGAGGUACUCUUUCUGUUGCAUGUCAUAAUCUGCAUAUCAUUGAUCAUAAUGCUAAUAUGUGCAUAUCUGUUCAAAUAUACUGUCGCUGUCAGGAUGGAAAGUCAGAUGUUAAUAAUACUGCUGGACUACUUCUUGAUAUUUCUCUUGGAGAUUUUGACAUCAGUACGCUACAGUUGUGCUUCACAUACAAGGAAACUUCGUUUACAUAUAAUUAAAAAUGAAGAUCUAGAAGAGUUGAGGGAAUUGGGUUCAGGAACUUUUGGGACAGUCUAUCAUGGAAAGUGGAGGGGAUCAGAUGUUGCCAUUAAGCGAAUAAAAAAGAGCUGUUUCACUGGCCGGUCAUCAGAGCAAGAAAGGCUGACAAUAGAGUUCUGGCGAGAAGCAGAUAUUCUGUCAAAACUUCAUCACCCCAAUGUCGUGGCAUUUUAUGGGGUGGUGCAGGAUGGACCAGGUGGAACAAUGGCCACUGUGACAGAGUACAUGGUGAAUGGCUCUCUUAGACACGUUCUGCUGAGCAAGGAGAGGCAUCUUGAUCGUCGUAAGAGGCUCAUUAUCGCUAUGGAUGCUGCAUUUGGAAUGGAAUACCUGCAUUCAAAGAACAUCGUGCACUUUGAUUUGAAAUGUGAUAACUUGCUUGUCAACUUGAAAGAUCCCCUGAGACCCAUUUGCAAGGUAGGUGACUUUGGUUUGUCGAAAAUCAAAAGGAACACCUUAGUUACUGGUGGUGUGAGGGGAACACUCCCGUGGAUGGCCCCAGAACUGCUGAAUGGGAGCAGCAGUAAAGUUUCUGAAAAGGUUGAUGUAUUUUCCUUUGGUAUUGUGCUGUGGGAAAUUCUUACCGGCGAGGAACCUUAUGCCAAUAUGCAUUAUGGAGCAAUUAUAGGAGGCAUUGUCAAUAACACACUGAGGCCUCCCGUACCAGGCUUCUGCGACCCAGAAUGGAAGUUGCUAAUGGAGCAAUGCUGGGCACCUGAUCCUUUGGCACGCCCAGCGUUCACCGAAAUUGCCAGACGAUUGCGUGUUAUGUCUGCCGCAGCAUCUCAAACCAGACAACAGAAUCAUCAGCCUCAGAACCAGGCACAUAAGUAGGGUGCUGUGCCUGCCCUUCCCUUGGUGGUGGGUCUAUUGUCAUCGUUGUGAUGGUAAAAGAAAGAGUUGGUUCACUUGUUUAACCAUCUUGUGUCUAUAGUAUGAGCCAGGAUCGAUAAGGGGCGCCCUUGCCCGCCAAUUGUAAGGGUUGAAAAAAGAAAGGAGAGAUAUAUAAGAGAUUGGUAUAUGUGUGCAGAGAACUACUAUUUUUUUCUUGUCGAUAGGUAAUACUGAACUGCCUAAACAGUUGGAAUUGGUUUGUACAGCAGGGAGAAUUCUGGGAACUCGUUUGUUCAUAAGGGGGGUCUUUUAUAUGUAAUUUUUUUGUUGGUGUGAGUGUGUGAUCAUAAAGUUUAUAAACACGUCUUCUGUCAUUCUCAAAGCUUAUUAUUUUUCAAUUUUGAGUUGAGUUCAUACAGUUGAUGUACUCAAUGAUCAUACUCUUAUUUUUUCUUGGGGUAGAAAAUGAUCAUACUUUUAUU